AAAGGAGGGCGUGUUCUAACGAGGAGUGUCCCGGGACUGAAGCGCCAUCAGCGGUUCUGCGCUCUUCUGCAUUGCCGUCUCCAAUACGCUUUGACCGGCUGAAGCUCGGAUCUCCCCCCGCCGCUCCUUUAACUCCACGCCGUCCAAACCUCGGCCUCCAGACAGGAUGGCAGCACAGCACCCUGAGUUCGAGCGGGCCGGGCAGAAGCCCGGUCUUCAGGUUUGGAGGGUGGAGAACUUUGACCUUGUUCCGGUUCCUGAGAACCUCUACGGUGGGUUCUACAACGGCGACGCCUAUCUCAUCCUCAACACCAUCAAGCAACGCUCCGGAGCCCUGCAGUACGAUCUCCACUUCUGGCUGGGUGAUUUCUGCACCCAGGAUGAAAGCGGUUCUGCCGCCAUCUUCACGGUCCAAAUGGACGACUUCCUCGGGGGGAAGGCCAUCCAGUACCGCGAGGUUCAGGGACGUGAAUCCAAAACCUUCCUCGGCUACUUCAAGUCUGGCAUCAAAUACAUGAAAGGGGGCGUGGCUUCUGGCUUCAAACACGUGGUCACGAAUGAGGUGGUGGUGCAGAGAGUGUUGCAGGUCAAAGGUCGCCGUGCCGUCCGUGCCACAGAGGUGCCAGUCAGCUGGGACAGCUUCAACCAGGGCGACUGUUUCAUCCUGGAUCUGGGAGACGAGAUAUACCAGUGGUGCGGCUCGCAGAGCAACCGUUUUGAGAAGCUGAAGGCCACACAGGUGGCCAAGGGCAUCCGUGACAACGAGCGCAGUGGGCGCGCCCGAGUUUACGUCUGUGAUGAAGGGAUGGAGAGAGGGAAGAUGAUUGAAGUCCUGGGUGAUAAACCCGACCUGCCUGCUGGGUCCGCUGACGACAUCAAAGCUGACGCUUCCAACAGGAAACGAGCCAAACUCUACAAGGUUUCCAACGCCAGUGGCGGGAUGACCAUCGCGCUGGUGGCCGAAGAGAAUCCGUUCGCUCAGAGUGCUUUGGAGUCUGGCGACUGCUUUAUUUUGGACCAUGGUUCUGAUGGAAAGAUCUUCGUCUGGAAAGGCAAAGACGCCAACAUGGACGAGCGCAAGGCAGCCAUGAAGGCGGCUGAUGAGUUCAUCAAGAAGAUGGGCUACCCCAAACACACGCAGGUCCAGAUCCUUCCAGAGAUGGGCGAGACGCCGCUCUUCAAACAGUUCUUCAAGAACUGGCGGGACAAGGACCAGACGGUGGGCCUGGGCGUGGCUUACAUCGCUAACAGCAUUGCCAAAAUCGAGAAGGUGGCCUUCGAUGCUGCCAGCCUGCACGACUCGCCCGCCAUGGCCGCUCAGCACGGCAUGGUGGACGACGGCAGCGGUGAGAAGCAGAUCUGGCGCAUCGAAGGAGCGGACAAGGUGCUGGUGGACCCCUCCACUUACGGCCAGUUCUAUGGAGGAGACAGUUACAUCAUCCUGUACAACUACCAUCAUGGAGGACGACGGGGACACAUCAUCUACAUGUGGCUGGGAGCUGACUCCAGUCAGGAUGAAAUCGGAGCUUGUGCACUUCUCGGGGCUCAGUUGGACGACGAGCUCGGCGGCGGUCCGGUCCAGGUUGUCGGUGCUCCUAUAACCACCCAGGUGAGGGUGGUGCAGGGUAAGGAGCCGGCGCACCUGAUGAGUCUGUUCGGAGGGCAGCCUAUGGUCGUGUACAAGGGAGGCACCUCCAGAGAAGGAGGUCAGUCGGCUCCCGCGGAGACCCGACUCUUCCAGGUGCGCUCCAACUCGGCAGGACACACUCGAGCCGUGGAGCUGGAUGCAGUGGCAUCAAACCUCAACUCCAACGACGCCUUCAUCCUGGUGACCCCUGACGCCUCCUACCAGUGGGUGGGCGUGGGAGCCAGCGACACUGAGAAGCAGGGCGCUCAGCAGCUAUGUGACAUUCUGGGGGUGUCCUCCACCGAGCUGCCAGAAGGUGGCGAGACAGAUGAGUUCUGGUCAGCUUUGGGAGGAAAGACAGAAUACCGCACUUCAACCAGACUCAAGGACAAGAUGGACUCUCACCCGCCACGACUCUUCGCAUGCUCCAACAAGACUGGGAACUUCAUUAUCGAGGAGGUGCCCGGGGAGAUGACCCAGGAAGACCUGGCCACUGAUGACGUCAUGAUCCUGGACACCUGGGAGCAGGUGUUUGUCUGGAUCGGAAACGAGGCUCAAGAGGAGGAGAAGACUGAGGCCAUGGCGUCUGCGGUCCGGUACAUUGAGACUGACCCGGCUAACAGAGACAAACGCACCCCCAUCGUGAAGAUCAAGCAGAGUUUCGAACCGCCCACGUUCACCGGCUGGUUCCUUGGCUGGGACCACGAGUACUGGACCAGCGAUCCUCUGGAGCGGGCGAUGGCUGAACUGGCCUUGUGAGCUUCCAACCGAGCCGUCCUGCUCCUCCACGCACCCAAAACCUCUCAUGAGACUCUUCAGUUCUGUGAGCCGCUAGCUGCCUUUUAGCAACGUCCAAUAGCAAUAAACACACACACCUGACCUGUCUACUAGUGACCAUGCAAUUAUCAAAGGAGCUUGCAAACAACCAAACAUUAUGAAUUGAAGCCUUCAGGUUUAUAGGGUUUCUUGAUUUUGGUACUUUAAUAGAUUUUUAAAAGAUUCCGGUUUGUUUUUAUUAUUUAUUUUCUGCUACUCAUCACCUAGAAACUGCUUUGUUGCUUUGCUUCCUGAGCUACUUUUGUAAGCGAUUCCCUUACAAUGAAUAAACCACACCUCAAAACA